UUCACCUGUCUCAUCUGCACAGGACUCGAACAGGUGCUGCCUUGCUACCACCAUGCCGGAAGUCGAGAGGAAAUCCAAGAUCACUGCCUCCCGUAAACUCAUGCUGAAGAGCCUGAUGCUAGCCAAGGCCAAGGAAUGCUGGGAGCAGGAACAUGAGGAGCGAGAGGCUGAGAAGGUGCGGUAUCUCUCAGAGCGCAUCCCUACGCUGCAGACCCGCGGUCUGUCCCUCAGCGCCCUUCAGGACUUGUGCCGAGAGCUCCAUGCCAAGGUGGAGGUGGUGGAUGAGGAGCGCUAUGAUAUUGAAGCCAAAUGCCUCCACAACACGAGAGAGAUCAAGGACCUGAAGCUGAAGGUGCUAGACCUCCGUGGGAAGUUCAAGCGUCCUCCCCUGCGCCGGGUCCGUGUCUCGGCCGAUGCCAUGCUCCGAGCCCUACUGGGCUCCAAGCACAAGGUGUCCAUGGAUCUGAGGGCCAACCUCAAGUCUGUGAAGAAAGAAGACACAGAAAAGGAGCGGCCAGUGGAGGUGGGAGACUGGAGGAAGAAUGUGGAGGCCAUGUCUGGCAUGGAAGGUCGCAAGAAGAUGUUCGAUGCGGCCAAGUCCCCGACCUCCCAGUAGAGGUCGGCUUUCUGUAUGGCACUCUGGGUCAUGCUUUGGCCUCCUUCCAGCCCCAUUCACCUAUCUUUCUGCCCAUGCCUGGAGCAUCCCUACGAUGCCCUGCCUCCCUCCAGCCCGUGUGCCCACCUUUGGAGCCAGGAUGAAGUAACACACAAAGGGGAAGACAGAUGCCAGUGCCCGAGACCUCAUCCCAGCAGUGUGGGCUUAUGGUACCCACCGGGCAUGCUGGGGUUAUCCAGCCACCACAGGGGCCCUAGGCUGAGGAUGGAGGCAGAGAGAACGCCUUCCCAGCAGCCCCGCAUUGCUUCCCUCCGUUUUUGUUGCUACCUGCAGUGCUCCCAAGUUCUCCAUUAAAAAAUCCCGGUUCCCAAUG